AUGAUUCCGGCUGCCUGGUGCAGGGGUUUCAUCUGUGCUGCUCUUUUUGUUUCACUGGCACUUCCCUCACAAGCACAGGCUCCGCUCGGUGCACCAAGAACUCCACCACCACCUUCUGAUAAUUCCUCUCGUGGGCCCCCAGGUGCAACUGAACUGCCUCCAGAUCAAGGUCCCCCCAGCCCUUCGCCUGUGCAGGAUCCUGCCGCCCAAAACGCAGAGGGGGAUAAUACAGCUGCUCCACCAGGUCCUUCUCCUGGUUCUGUCAGUCCGGGAGAGCCCCGUGGGCCUCAGGAUCAAGGAGCUGCUGACCAGCCGGCUGAUAUUGCCGGUGGUGGGGGGGAAGCCGCUAACCCCUCAGGUGCCUCUGCUGCGGGCACAGCUAAUGCAAAAGGCAGUGCUACGACAGGGCCUGGAACCACAACAACAGCAUCUGGAAGCGAUAUUGCGCAAUCUGUACCAGCUCUACAGAAGCUGACUGAAUUUCGCCCGAGACAUAGGAAGACAAUUGACGGACGCCUGUGUGCGGCGGCGUUUGUGCACGAAGGGCAAACAUACACAGACUGUACAGAUGCGCGUUCUCCUGAUGGAACCACAGGUCGAGAGUGGUGUUAUGUUGAAGUUCAGCUUCUGGGGAAGGGCCCGAAGGACUGGGAUUUUUGCACACCCCCCUUGAACUACAAUGCCCUGCGAUCGUUCGUGAGGCGGGAGUUCGACGCUUUGAUGGCAACGAAUGAUGAAAUGAUCGAUAGUCUAGAUGUAGAGGAGCUCCGGUUGCAAGACAUGCUUUCUCGGUUUCGGCAAACAUGUGGCCCAGCACACACUGCCCUAAAGCAAACUGUUGGGCAAAUAGAAAGCCGGUUAAAGAGAGGAACACAAUGUCUAAAACGACUGGAGGCUUCCUUGAAGGAAGUUGGACUUAUCGAGUCUGCAAUCGAAGACGUUCGGACAGAUAUCGAACGCGAAGGAGCGAAGUCACUAAAGGAUCCAGAAAACUGCCAAGUGAAACCCGGAUACGAAGAUGAUCCUCAACCGGACGGACUGAGAGGAGCAUAUUUCGCGAAUGAUCGUUUUCAAUGGCCACCAAAAAAAUACCGGACAGACAGAAAAGUUGAUUUCCUCUUCUUUGGAGACGGGCCGAUUGACGAGGUGCCUUCCCAUGCAUACUCUAUCCAAACUGACUGUGGCGUCCGUGUAUUUCUGAACGAACGCCCAGUCAUCGUGGACAGAAUGCCCCCUCCUACAAAGGACGAUGCUUUUGGGCAUAAAGCAGUUCCUCUUAUGGCCGCUGAAGAACAGUCCGGUGUUCAUGCAAAGGACUCUGAGAAAGUGGAGCUGAUAGCUGGCGAAAAGUACAGAAUUCGCAUUGAGCUGGUGCACUCUAACCAUCUGAAGUACCAUAACCCGGAAACCGCAGUGUUAAGGCUUCUAUGGCGAAGUGGGGCAGCGGAGCCGGAGGUUAUCCCGGAAGAAUUCUUCUUCACAACAAGCGCGUCACCAACUGCAAAAUUUUUGGGCGUCAAUCCGAAGAUGUUUGAUAGUGACUUUCUACAGAAUGGCGUCCAGCCAUUCCUGGACAAUAAGAGCUACUUCAUAACGGACAUUCCUCUCCGUUAUCAUGGCCGUCGAAUGUUGCGAUCGCUUGCUCAACCCAACAUAGACAGCUUUACGAUUGAUCUAAAUGUUCCCGCCAUACUUUAUAUCGCGUCUCCAGCAGACGAGUCGCUGCCUUUGGAACCGACUAACGACGCACCUUGGACUGCUCACGAAACUCACGAAACAAUGACGCUGCUGUCAGGCGUAGAUGCUUCGGGCAGAGCUCUGGAAGCGAAACCCCUUAGCAUCCGGUUCAUUUCCUUGAGGACCGCAGGGGGCGUCAAGUGCAAGGUGCGGCACACUGCGAUCCCGUUCAUCAUUUUUGUGGAGCCGCACAAGGAAGAGGCAUUUUCGUGCGAUGCUGAGGAGGAUGUCGUUUCAUUGGUUGGAGGGCCUGCAUUUGCGGAAUGUGAUGCGACUUCCGAACAGCCUGAUGGCUUUGACUGUUUUUCCGGGCUUAACGGGAAGCACAUGGACCGACCUUUUGGGACCUGGAAAACGAAAGGAGGAGGUGUUGGGGAAUCUAUUACUGUGCGCUUUCGCCACCUCGUCCAGUUAACCCAUUUUCGAUUCAAGCCCCUAGAUGACCAGCUGUUAUGGCCCUCUGAAGUAACGCUUUCCUAUAGCGAGGAGGGAGAUGAAGGGUCGGAAACGUUUCUCAUGCGUCACUCCAACUCCCUCGAGCACAACACGUAUAAACUGCGGGCUCCAGUGAUCACGCAAUAUGUCAAAGCGGAAAUAUCGCAGAUGUACGUCAACGGGAUGGAAAGUGGUGGCUCCUUCGAGUUUCUCGGCAGCAUUUGUACAACACAAGUGCGGGCAAAGGGCAUUUCUUCGCUGAGAAAAAUACUCAUAGAGAAAUGCGACCAGUCUCUUGAAGCCAUUCCGGAGGUUGUGCCACUGGAGGAGGGCCUACAAUUCAUUGCCAUUUGCCCACAUCACUGCGUUGCUUCCCCUGAAGGCCGUGUCUUCGGCUCAUCCUCAUUUGCUCCAGAGUCCACUGUUUGUGCUUCUGGAGUUUUCGCUGGGAUCUGCAAAGCGGAAGUCCAGGCAGAAUGCAGUUUGCUGGUUACUGUCGGAGGUGCCAAGAACACAUUUUCGAAAGAUACGAAGCACUACAUCGAAGCUGCAGAGCACGGCCCAAGCGACGCCUCAUACACCUUAGCCAAAGCUCCAUGCGAAGGAAAAGAAGAGGAGCAGCCGUCAUAUUUCUUCACAUUUGGAGCGCAGUCUGCCCCAGAGGGAUGGCUCAUUGAUGAUGGCUCAGCCCGCCGAGUGCGAAAUGGAGCAGAAUAUGGUAUGUACAAUGUGUGGUGUGGCGCUCUCAUACGCGUGUUUCACGAAGACUGGCCUAAACCAAACAGCGGGGUCUGGAGUCGUGUUUCCCUCGCCUUCAAAUUACGCCUGUCAGCUUGGAGAGGUAAGGUGUUGGUUUCGGCGAAAAAGAAGUUCUCGCCGUCACAUGCAGAACGGGCUCUACAGGAUUGCACACCGAACUUCUGGUCCUUAGCUGUCGCUGCCAAUGGCAUAUAUCACAUAGAGGCGCUUUUAGCGGUACCCUUUGAUUCGGCUUACGACAGUGCGCCACUUUACCUGGAGGUCAACGGCGUGCCCAUUGCAAACGGCACCGUUAUUUCCAAAGGGAAAAUUUUUGGGGGCUCGGCUACCGUGGAGGUGACACAGAGGCUUAUUGACUUUGCCUCCGUCUGUAAGAACGCAACGUGCGGGGCAGAGCCCACACUUCUCCUCAGUGCGUCUGUGUCAUACGUGGGUCCUCUUCCCGGGAACAGCGAAACGGAGGAAGAUUAG